AAACAGAUUCUAUACAAAAUAAACCUCCGCGUUACUUCAUUACUUAGAAUAUAAGUAUUACAUACGGUAGCGGAAAAGUACAUACGAUUUGAGAUGGAAAAAAUAAUAGAAAAUGCCAAGAUUUUUUUCACUCUGCCCCAUAUUAAAAUGUCGGAGAGAGUAACAGUGACAGUUAACGAAGGUAAAGUACGUGGAUUCAAAUCAAAAACCGCUUAUUCUGAUAUCGAGUAUUAUUCUUUUCUGGGAGUUCCUUAUGGAGAAUCAACCGAAGGCAAAGCUCGUUUCGAGGAUCCUGUUAAAGUGAAGCCUUGGAGUGGUGUUUUCGAUGCUACGGUUGAAAAAACAGGCUGCGAACAUUUUUCCGUCAGAUGGCAUAUGCUUACCGGUAGCGAAAAUUGCUUGUACAACAAUAUCCAUACUCUUCAGAUACCAACAUCAAAGGAAGAUGCUCUAAAACCAGUUAUAGUUCAUAUCCACCCAGGAGGAUUCUUCCACGGAUCACCAGAUCCACAUUACUACGGUUCACCCGAAUACAUCAUGAAUCAUGACAUCGUGUAUGUAUCUGUCGGACACAGGAUGCACAUAUUAGGAUACUUGAAUUUAGGCAUGAAAGAGUGUUCGGGGAAUCAAGCAUUAAAGGAUAUCAUACUCAGUCUUGAAUGGAUAAAGGAAAACAUUGCUUAUUUCGGAGGAGACCCCGAUAAUGUCACACUAUUGGGUAGCAGUAGCGGAGCUGCUCUGGUGCACUGUAUACUGUUGUCAAAACGAGCCACGGGUUUGUACCAUAAAGCUGUGCUAAUGGGCAUGUACGAAUUCAGCCCUGUGUUACCAACGAGAUUAACGCAUAUUCCCCUCGCUUACAAAAUAGCCCGUCGAUUAGGUUACGAUGGAAAAAUGAAUGAUAGAAGAGGGAUGUUGAGCUUUUUCAAAAAAAUUAAAGCAGAAUCACUAAUUGCACUUCGAUUAGAACUUUAUUACAAUACAGGAAUAUUUCCAAUAUUUCCCGCUUCGCCGUUCAAUCCUGGAUCUGACUAUGGAGAAAAUGCUGUCCUGGCUGAGUCAUAUAGAUCGCUAAUUCCUUCUACUAAUCGAGUACCAAUCAUAAUUGGAUUCUGUGACAGAGAAGGAGCUAUGGCAAUUCCAUUUUAUCAAAAACUUAAAAAAUCCGAAGCUUCCAGACAAUUGUACAACUGUGUCCGUCAAAAUAAAUGGGGAUGGGGAGUAAAUUUGAAAAAUGAUGACAUACGGCUAAUUCAAGAACAAAUCGAGAACUUCUAUUUGGAUGGGGAAUCGAUAGAACACGCAUCUCAAUCACUUACCUGCGACAUCUUGACCGAUAUUUCGUUAUCAGAUGUUUAUGACUCGCUCAUAAACGUUGUCUCAGAAGAUCCUCGUUCGCCGGUAUACCUAUACAAAUUCAAAUAUGAUGGUAACCUUAGUGUAAUGAAAGCAUCUUUUGAACGAUUGAUGAAAGAACCAUUGCCCGGAACGUUUCACGCCGCUGAUUACGCUCACUGGAGUUAUAUAGUAGAUCACAUGGGUAAAGAAAUGAAAGAUAUAACACCUCAAGAUCGAGAAAUAACAGAUACAUUCACAAAGCUUAUCACUACAUUUGCCAGAACAGGAAAUCCCAACUACGAAGAAUUACCAGUACAAUGGAGACCUACAACCAUAGAGCAACCGUCAUAUUUGAGCAUCGAUACUGAACUGGAAGUGAAGGACGAACUACUGAACGGGGAAAGAAUGGAAUUUUGGCACAAAUUGAAAAAACAAUUCGAUUAUUGAAACAAUGUGUAGUUUAUUUAAUACUAAAUAUAACGAUAAAAUAAA